AUGUCGCAACAUCUCUUUGAACAGCUUACUCUCGUGAGUGCGUCAGCACUCACUAACUCUAUUUUCAGCAUUACUGAAGAUCCGAGCUUGCCUCUGGAGGCGAGCCCGCAGACUCCUGCAGUGGGUGCGUCAGCAUCCGUUAUUUCUAUUUCCAGGAGUGCUGGCGAUUCAAGCUUGCCUCUGGAGGCAAGCACGGACCCUUCCGCGGGCGCUUCGGCACCCGUUAAUUCUACUUUCAGGAAUGAAGAAGAAACAGUGCAAGCCACUGUUUAUCGUGGGACGAGAGAGCUAAGCCAGCGAAAGACGAAGGAGGUGGUCCGUGACAUCAAGAGCAACCAGUUAUAUGCUGGGCGAUGUCCACGGCAGGUGUAUGAGGAGGCUCUAUCAAAGACAGAUGAGCUAUACGAUGUCUUUGAGAAGAUUUAUAAGUAUCAGAGUACUUCAGAAGACGUGGUGAUGGCCUUCUACGGCGAGGGAUACAGCCAGCGUCGACAAACGAUCUUUAGAGAUAGGGAAAUGACGCUCCAGAACAUCCCGGACGACCUGGUCUUCCUACAAGACGGGACUAGGUUCGUCCACGUAAUGGAACCACAGCUGCACAUAUAUUAUUCUGAAAAGACCAUACAGAAGGCUUGUGCAAAUGGCCUCUUUGCUGUGGUUGCUGAUGGAGUGCACUCGAAGCAACCGAAGAACCUGGCGCAGCUCUACUGCGUUCAUGUAGUCUGCGCCGGUGGUGUGGAAGUGCCCCUCCUGUACGCCCUAACUGCACGUAAACACGAGGCAACGUACAGGAGGAUAUUCACGUGUCUCCAGAACAACUUUGAGCUUUUUCGACCAAGGCCAAUGCAGCGCCUCAGAGUUGUUCUGGAUUUCGAACAUGCUGCCAUCAAUGCAGCUUACAGCGUUUUCCCAGACGCUGUAGUCCAGGGCUGUUCGUUCCACUUAUCACAGUCCUGGAACAGAAAACGGGAUAGCUGCAGGAUAACCCGUUUCAUAAGGGGGCCUGGAAGAGAUGGCGUUGUAGAAGAAUGGUGGGACACUAUCAAAGGUGUCAUAUUUCUACCCAAAGGGCUGCGCUCUGAAUUCAGAGCCCUACGUGCCCCACCCGUCUCGAGCGAACACCCAGCAUAUGGCAGCUGCUGGGAUUUCCUAAAAUAUCUGAUCAGUACUUGGUUGACUGGUCCAUUCGAGGAUCUGUGGUGCAAAUGGGGGAUCACAGACCUCCGCACCACAAAUUUAGCUGAGGCUUUUCAUAAUAAACUGAACGCCACCUUAACGGGUGAUCACCCCGACAUGCGCGCGCUACUGGAAAAGCUGCGCACGCUUGAUCUGGAAGCUAAGUGCAAUUUACGAUGGAGUGAGAUGAAUCCUGGCGUCGACAAAAGGAUUCGAAGAAGAGAUUUGGAAAGAAGACAAAGUGUGGAGGAAAGUAUGGCAAGAUUUGACGCCGCUUACCGAGCCGGAGCAACGGUGGCUCAAAUUGAGAAGUUUUGCCGAGACAUGUCUCGGUUUAUCUCAGGGAAAACCGCAUGA